AGGCCGAGCAAGCGCUGCGUCGCAAGAUCGAGGACGAGCUCCGCGCGCUCAAGAAAGCACAGGGCCCUGGCAAGAGCCCGCUAUCGCCGCGGUAAGGCCCAGUUCAGUCUACUAGUAGUAGUACAUUACGGAAAACCCUACGUGCUCCACGACCACCGAUGUCGCGUCGUCACAGCCAGCCCCCGCCUACGCUGUGCUCAACCCACCAUCUGUUUAUAAUGAAUGCCAAUGUCUCUUGGGUGGUCUGUUUUGGGGUCGCGGUCCCCGUUCUUGUUUUUUUCUUGGUUAUCUGCAUAUCCUCAGCCUUGACCUCUCUUGUUUAUUCCUCUUGUUAUGUCACAUUUUCUUUUCCCCCCGGGAAGUGGCGUUGGGGUACAGGACAAACUAUAUAUAUAUGUGUGUGUGCAUGGCAUCGCAAGAAGAUAAAAAGACGCACUGCAGGAUUGCAUGAUUUGUAUUUGUGUGUAUAUUUCUAUAGAUGCAUCUUUUGUUUUUCCCUCUCGUAUCCCUGGUCAGAGCUCGUCCCGGCGUGGUGGGAAUGAAUUCGCAAGACGCUAUACGCACAUGCAAGCAAGUAGAGA